GGUGUAUGUUUCCAAAAAAUACUAGUGAAUUUGUUGUAAUUUCUUAUCUACUAAAUUUUGCAGUAAGAAAGAGUGACAAUUGUUAAAUAAAUAAUGGUAGUAUGCUUCAUAUCAACCAACUGUGAUAACCUGGGAAGUAAUCGUUGUUAUGGAUCCAUUUUGGAGAAAGUAUUGUAGAUUAGUGUAAGGUAUAGAGCAAAUGUAGCAAAAAUGAACAUUACGCAGUUAUUAAUUUUAAAAUGAUAGAAGAAACCCAAAUGGGAUCGCAAACGUUGGAGAUUCUUAGACAAGGAGUAUGGGCCUCGCUGACUGGUGGAUGGUUUUAUGACCCACACCAGGAUGUCUUCUGUAACACUUUUCAUUUGUAUGUUUGGUUAUAUCUCUUGUGUGUCCCCUUUUGUAUCUAUGUGUAUUUUCCACCAUCAUGGACUGUUUGGUAUUUUUAUUGUGGAUCUGUAACAGUGGGUCUAACAAUAUUGAAAUUAGUUAACUAUGGCCUGCAUCAUAUGUAUGAUACCAAAGAAUGUAUACAGGAAGAAGUUGAGGAUGUGCCCCAAGACUUAAAAAAGGAGGAAGAAGGUAUAGAGUUGCAGAUAAUACCAAGCAAAUCAUCCGGCCAGACUAAUAGAACAGGAACAAAACUAACCCACCUGCAUGAUCUAGAAUUUGGUCCAUUGCAUAGUACUGAUGCUGAAAGCCUAGAGUCUGAUUUCCAUCAAUUAGAAUACACCGAAGGAGCCUGUAAGCCUACUAGUACCAUAGAUUUAAAAGCUGAAGUACAUAGAAAAAACUCAUCAGAAAGCAGUGAUGAUAUACCUAGCGUCCCCACUGAUUUGAUGCCUAUCAACUCAGAACUACCAGAAAAGCGUAAAGUCAGAUAUUCAGACCGGCGUCCCAAACACCAGCGCUCCAAGACAGACAGUUACGUCACUUUCGUGAAAGAAGACAAAAAACUAGAUUCUGAAACUGACGGACAAGGACACGGGAUGCUUAUAAGACAGCGCACCUCACUGCAGAGUGUGGAAUCCGAACACGGAUCUACAAAUUUUGGUCAGAUGGAAAGUUCGGGAAGAAGGCAUUCCAAUUUCACGAGUUUAAGUUUCUUGCCGUCCACAGUUCAAGUUGAUAUUAAACCUACAGGUUCCCUCGAAUUAGGUUAUAUAGACAAAAAUCCCAACCAACCACUUACCUCUGAAGGGUUUUAUUUCAAGCCUACUGUAAUGGGAGUGAGAAGAAUUCGUUCUACAGUUCUGGAAUCGUGUUGUCCACCCCCACCUCUAGAUGUACAUCCCAACAGUUUAGAAAUACUCAGCGGCAAAAGUUUGACGAAAAAUCCUCUUCCUCCACCCAGUUCUAGUCUCACUCGGAACCAACACCUAAACCUGUGUCCUUAUUAUGGUUCCGAGAUAGUUUACCCCAUAGCAGAACAGUCAGAUGAACAUCAAACUUCCCACGGUCCAGACACUGACGUAGAGAGCAUGGAACGACGUUCUGAUUCAGAUUGCGAGGAAAUCGACCAAGGUAGUCAUAGCCCCCUCAUGUACAUUAAACCCAAAAAACCGAAAAGUGUGCCUUACUCCCUCAACGACGAGAAGUACCACCAAACUGCGAAGCUAUCUUCCACGAAAUCCGUCAUAGCGCCCGUUCAAUAUCAGCACAGCUCCAAAACCAAUACCAACUCCAAAGAUCGACUUCUGGAAAAUAACGACAACUCCAAUUCCAGUACUACACCCGACAUGCAGGAUGCUAGGACUGAUUUCUAUAACACAGAUAACGACGUCAGCGAUAAAAAUUUGUCUUUCAGCAACUCUAGCAUGGAACUGGACGAUAAUAGAGCUGCCUGUAUAUAUCCUAUUGCCGCUGUUGAGGAAAAGAUCGAUAAACAGUUAAAGAGGAAGCCCAAAGAACUCGAAAGAGUAGUCAAAACCGAAGAAGAACAACCUACGGUAGUAGUGAGAAAGAAGAGAAUCGCCAGGACGAGAAGAAGAGCAUUUAGCGACGACCAACAGGGGAAGUUGAAGUGCCAACAUCAGGGAAAAUUUUCUAGUACAGAGCCUUUAAAGAGGGAUUCCGAAUGGUGUAGUACGACGACGGUGUCUCUGGAGCACGAUGUCAGCAAAGUCCUGCAAGACAACGUUCCAUCCACUAGCAGUUUGGGCGCCAUACCAAAGAAAACAAGACUGGCUUCGAGGGACCCUUCUAAUUCCAUAGCCAGGAAACUACCAAAGAGUGAAUCUGAAAAAUGUAGCGUUUGUCGAUGUAAACCAUCUAGGUUAGACAGGGAGAGAAACAAACCUAUGAAAGAGAACAAAGUGACCCAAACACAGAUGAGGCAUUCAGAAAGCUUAAGUCCGGUAGAGGGUUUGGAAUGCGUUAUAUAUUCACCACCUUUAUCUCGAGCUAUACUGAAUUUACCAAAAAUGACUUGUGGCGGCGACACCAGCAAAGCAGAUUCGCAAUCCAAGAACGAAGAUGGUUCUUCGAAUGGUUCCAACAACGAACUGAGCACAUUGCUACCACCUGCGCCUUUGCUUUCUGCGUUUUUAAACUCAAGACCCGCCAACAUGAGUACCUCGAUGGGUUUGGAGAAUAUCCGUUCUAAUUCCAACCGCAUGAGACUGAAAAGGAUUAACAGAAACAACAGGAGGAGAUCUAACCAAGCAGCAAAGAAGGAAAAUAUCCCUGGAUCCAUAGCAGCUGGAUACGGCAGAUACACAGCUAGACAUUAUACUCCAGACACUCCAGAAGGAUGCAAUCAUUGCAAUAUGGACGAAUAUGGAGAUUUUUAUGUGUUAACCUACGACGAUAAAGCAGCUGGGGUAUCCGCUAGUAGUGAAGCCGUAGGUCCUAGUACUUCCCAAGCCGGCCUCACUGUCGAGAAGUCCUCUCUUCACCGACGCCGAAGCGACGCAGCUGGCGUGACAGCUUCGUCCAGCAGGCCGCGUCGUACGGUCAACGACAUCUGGGACAGUAACAGUACCGAAUCGACUUGUAACAGUUCCAUCUCUACCAUUCUGGAUGUCUCCUUGCAGAAGUCUAAUCAACCUCUCAACUCGCCCAUGGCUUCGGAGCCACACAAUCGGCUUAAACAACCGUUUGAACACGAUCGACUGUUAGUAGAGACUGAAUCAAAAUUCAAGUGUAUACAAUCAGACCCCGUAGACAAUAAUUAUAAACGGACAAAGAGUUAUUAUGUGUUCAAAGUGUGGCCAUGGACUUUCGUGAAAAUCAGUAUGGACAGACUGAAGUUGCUAGCGCUCUUAGAUAGAAAUCUAACUCUCCACGAAACGAUCCUUUCUAUCAUCCUCGGCAGUAUGGUGUGCAUCCUGGGUGCCGUUAUGCUCCACAAAGAAUUCUACAGAGAUCUUACCUCGUUCAUUCUCUGUUUUGUCAUCGCCAGCUGCCAGUACUCCUUGAUAAAGAGCGUGCAACCAGACGCUGCCUCGCCGACACACGGCUUCAACAGGGUUAUCGCGUAUUCUAGACCUUUGUAUUUUUGUAUAUUUUCUUCCCUCGUACUUAUCUUCGACUAUCAUAUACUAGCCGAAACGAAGGAGAUCGGGUACAAUCUGAACUCACUUUCCUUAUCCAACCAGCAAUUACUGCUAUUGUCCUGUGAUUUUUUAGUUAAUUUUAUCCUAGUCUUUCCGCUUCUUUUCUCUCUCGGCCUAUUUCCUCAGAUAAAUACGUUUCUGAUGUACAUUCUGGAACAGGUGGACAUGCACGUAUUUGGAGGCAACGCCAUGUCCAGCCUUUCCGCCUCUCUCUACUGCAUCUUCCGAUCAUGCUUGACUGUGAUAAUUUUGGGGGGCGUGGCCUACGGGGGCUUAAGCGAGAGUAAGGGGGCACAGCAUGUUUUGUUCUCGAUGUUUUGCGCUUCGCUGGUAGCCACAUGUUAUCAUCUAAGCAGGAGCACCAGUGAUCCUACGCAUAUCUGGAACAUGGUGAAGAACCAUCUGUGGUUGCCGGACGUGUACAGAGAGCAGCAAGAGAGCGAGAGUAGCAGUACUGAAGAGAAGAAGCCGCGAGAAGAGCCGAAAGAGGCGAAGGUGGAAUCGAAGCUAGAAUCCAAGACUAAAGAGAAGACUGUGAAAUUUCCUAGUAAUAAGGAGCAGUAUAACUUAGAGGAAGACGUCGUAGAUCCACUACCUGCUAAGUUGCAGAAGAUCAACAACGCAAGGUUGAAGCACGACGUCAUAGUGUGCAGUUUAAUAGCGAUAUUAGUGUUUGCCGUUCAUGCUAGCACUGUGUUUACCGUUCUCCAACCGGAACUGAGUCCGGUGCUAUGGUCCAUUGGCGCUACUAUGGGGUUUAUUCUACACUACACGGUUCCGCAGAUGCGCAAACACUUGCCUUGGCUGUGCAUCGCCAGACCGAUAUUUAGAGCCCAAGAACAUGAGCAGUAUCAGAUCAAAGGUCCGGCCAAAGUUAUGUGGUUCGAAAAAGUAUACGUUUACUUCUCUUUCCUGGAACGUAACAUCGUCUAUCCAUUGUUGUUCCUCUCUGUUUUGACUGAAGACUCGCCUCGCAUCGUGACGAAGUACGGAACGGUCCGAGGCUCAUUUAUAGUUGUGAUAUGCGGAAUCAAGUGCCUAAGGAAUAUUUACUCGAAUCAAAGCGCUCAGUACUUGAUCCUGGUGUUUUCGGCGUUGUUCUACAAGUACGACGUGAGGAAGAUUGACGAAACGUUCUUGGUCAUCUACUUUUUUAUGGUCACUGCGUAUAACAAGAUGUACGAGUUUAUGUUGAAGAUCCAGUUCGUAGUGACGUAUAUAGCGCCAUGGCAAAUAACAUGGGGCUCGGCGUUUCACGCAUUUGCACAGCCUUUCUCGGUACCACACUCCGCCAUGUUGUUCCUCCAAGCCUUCAUGUCCUCAUGUCUCUCGAUGCCUCUCAAUCCCUUUCUCGGCAGUGCUAUCUUCAUAAUAUCUUACGUACGACCAGUUAAGUUCUGGGAAAGAGACUACAAUACUAGAAGAGUCGACCACUCCAAUACACCCCUUUCAUCUCAUUUGGAUAGGAACUUGGGAGCUGACGACAACAAUUUGAAUUCCUUGUUCUACGAACAUCUCACACGGUCACUCCAGACAUCUUUAUGUGGCGAUUUGAAGAUGGGAAGGUGGGGAUUGGUGAACCAAGGAGACUGUUUCGUUCUGGCUUCCGAUUACUUGAAUUGUUUGGUGCAUGUGAUAGAGAUGGGGAACGAUGUGAUUACGUUCCAAAUGAGAGGAUUGGAGUUCAGAGGGACCUACUGUCAGCAGAGGGAAGUUGAGGCCAUCACUGAAGGAGUAGAAGAAAAUGAUGGUUGUUGCUGCUGUGACACUGGACAUUUACCAAACAUGCUCAGCAUAAACGCAGCAUUCAAUCAAAGAUGGCUGGCGUGGGAAGUCAUAGCGGCGAAAUAUAUUCUAGAAGGCUACAGCAUUUCUGAUAAUAGUGCUGUUUCCAUGCUACAAGUAUUCGAAUUCAGGAAGGUGUUGGUCUCGUAUUAUGUGAAAAGUAUAAUAUUUUACCUCAUUCGGUCUCCAAAACUUGAAGAAUGGUUGUUUAACCCAACAAUAUCAAAAGCUCUUUCGCCUAUGGAACAUAGAUCUUUCGUGGACCUGGACCCGAUAUUCAAUUACAACAUCGACGAGGACUACGACAUGCAGAACAGCGGCAUCACCAAGAACAGCUUCAUGCAGAUCCAUGGGGAUUGGAUCAAGUUCUGUGUGGAAAGAUCCGGGAAGAAUGUUGAAAGUGGCAUCAGCUCACCGUUGACUCUUCUGUGUUUCGCAUUAAGUUUAUUAGGAAGAAGAACACUGGGUGCUGUCUCCCACAACACAGUCUCGGGGGUAGAGUUUUUUCUCUAUGGUUUGCACGCCCUAUUUAAAGGAGACUUUCGAAUAUCGUGUGCUAGAGAUGAAUGGGUCUUCAGUGAUAUGGAUCUCUUGAAAACAGUCGUAGCUCCCGGCGUCAGAAUGUCCCUCAAGCUCCACCAGGACCACUUCAUGGCAGCCGACGAAUACGAAGAACUGUCUACAUUGUACGAAGCCAUCUGUAAGCAUGAAGAGGAAUUAGUGAUAUCGCACGAGGGGGAUCCUGCGUGGAGGAGAGGGGUAUUAAGUGGGGCACCUAGUCUUUUAGCUUUAAGGCAUGUGUUAGAUGAAGGCAAUGACGAAUAUAAAAUUAUUAUGUUAAACAAGAGGUAUCUCAGCUUCCGGGUCAUUAAAGUGAACAAAGAAUGUGUGAGAGGUCUUUGGGCUGGCCAACAACAGGAGUUAGUGUACUUUAGGAAUCGCAACCCGGAGCGGGGCAGCAUUCAGAACGCCAAGCAGGCGCUCAGAAACAUCAUUAACUCUUCAUGCGAUCAACCCAUUGGAUACCCCAUUUACGUUUCGCCCCUAACUACGAGCUAUGCCGAAACCAACGAACAAUAUGCCAAUCUCGUAGGGGGGUCUGUCAGUUUGAAGAAGAUUAAAAAUUAUUUUUUUAACACAUUCAGAAGGAUAAGGAAACGUUGUGGUGAGGGCUGUUCCAGCGGCUCGGCCAACAGAGAAGAAGCUGGCACAGCCCAUGAAGGAAUGUACGCCAUGACUCCGGUUUCAACUCUAGCCCAUACCGGAAGUCAGUCUACCGAUGGUUCCCAUCUAGGUGGCAGCAUUGGAAGAGGGUCUAGCUUGAGCAGGACAUCUUUAGGUGGCAAUAGGGGUAGUCUAGUAUCUGUCGGGAAACCAACGAGUUCAACUCUAGUCAGUUUGGCGGGUUUGUUCAAGGAGAGAGAUGAAAGAGCUGUUUCUCAAGCUCCGGAUGUUCAGAUCCGCGGAGAGGAUAAGGCCUUAGACACAAAUCCCAUUGCUGAACGGGAAUGUGCCUCUAGAGUAAGGAUUAUAGAACCAGGUGCUGUAUUUGACUCUGUAAACCAAAUAGGCAAAGUAGAUCUCCUAUGGCCGAACGAGUUCUUCAGGAUGAGGGGAGGCCGCACCUACUGGAAAGACUGGAUACCUGAAGAAGGAAUGGAAGGAACGGUGGUACACAAAUGGACACCAAGCCACAAGGAAGCAGCGAAGAGGUCUCACAUCGACAAAACAAUCCUGCUGGUCAAUAUCGACGAUAAGUAUGUACCGAUAGCUAAAAGCGGAGUUCAAGAUCUCGGGGCCGAAGUAUAGCACAUGCUGCUAAGGCAUCUGCUCCUGUAGCAUGUGCUGUUGUGAAGAUGAUGUUCUUCCAUAUUUUAAAGGAAUCCGCGGAGUCAGUUUCUGGAGGAAUCAAACACUGGUUUGCUUUAAAGCGUGUUAACGGUUGGUACAUUAUCCUAAUGUACAUUUUUAGUAUUGGAGUAUUAACUGAAUUUUUAAAUUCUCGAAUUUUAAUGAAAUAUUGAAAGUUUGACCUGUGAAAUAUAUAAAGGUUAUUUUAAAAGAAUUUGUAGGUUAGAAUUAUUUUUAAAAAUCCAUAUAAACAAUGUAAAGAGUGAGACUAUUCAAUGCAGCCUGCUUUUUCUCCAGAAACUGGUUGCCUUGUCCAUUUUUAUGUUUUUUUAUUGUAGUUAUUUUUUAUUUAUUACGAGAGAGACUGUUGAUACUAAUUUUUUAAGAUUUAUUUAUAUAUUAUCAAGAACAAAGACUAUUUGAAUGUUCUAUUAGGUAUCUAACGUUUCUGUUGAUCAAUAAGAAAAAUAGCGAAUGCGAAAGACAUAGGGUAUCAUUUAAACGUCGGAAAUAAGUAAAUAGGUAUUUUUUUUAUAAAUUUCUCUAAAAUGUUCUACUUUGUAUUAAUGCUUUUCGUCACUGCUAAAAUUUUAUUGUAACUCGUGGACAAAAAGUGGCAUGUUGGGUUAAUGACAUGACAAUUCCUGCAUAAACACGGAUAAUAUUCCUAAGAUGACUCAAACUCUACUUCAGUGACUCAAAAAUAAAUAUGCCUAAUUAUUUUAAGCAUAUAUUAAUUCGUGACCAGACAUCUCGUAACGCGACCAUUUGUAACCGGACAAGUGGUAACGGACAAUUCGUAACGUCAAAAUAAAAUUAUUUUGUUUAUUUUUGUUAACGUGGAAACUAACUGUUAUUACAGUUAUAAUUGAAAUUAUGUUUAUCAAUUAAACGAAUCAGUACCGGGAUACACAUGUUUAACACAUUUUAUAAUAUAUCUUGUUUCAGAAUAUAUUAAGUCUUUAAACAAAAAAGAAUGUGUGUACUUUGUACGCACGUAAGAAAUUAUACUUCUAUUAUAUGAUUUCAACGAAAUUAAUAUACUUUAAACAGUUUAUUUAUAUUUUAUUUAAAUAUUAAACUAAUUUUAAUACUUACUACUUUUCAAAAAAUUUUAUUAAAACAGUACCAAAAAUUAAAAAAAUAAAAGAAUAAAACACACACAAACACAGUAAGAAAACAAUACAUUAGGUGAAUAUUGACAGAAAUUUUGAUGGUAAUGAAAUUAUGUAAACCAAAGCAUUACAUACUAUUUUGGUAGGUUCAUUUUAAAUUUACCAAAUAGGUAGGUACCUAUGUAAUUUUUUAUUAGAAUACUGAAACAUUUACAAUUAUUACGUACAUGUCGCUUUUAAAAACUAUUUAAAAAGUCACUACAAUUAUAAACUUGCUUUUUUCUCUGCCAUCACAACAAUAAAAACUAAUAUACACAUCAUUCGUUUAUCCAUAAUCUCCAACAAUUAUUGACAGAUGAUUUUAACACCCAAUAAGAUCCCGUAUAACGUUUGAGCGACUAAUACCAUACUGUCGGAGUGCGCAUGCGCCCAGGAAAAUAAAAAUUCACCCUCGUGCCUAAAGAAGUAUAACUUCAAAAACAAUUAUUUAAAUACAUAAAAACUUUUAACAAUAUUUUUAAAAUUUUAUCCCUCUUAUUGUUCCUUAAAUUUGCAUAUACCUAGACAAAGGAAUAAUGAAGUAAUUCGUGAAAUCUUUAAGCCGACAACCGUCUUUAGGCAUUCCCAACUUUCUAAGUAAACAUUUUGUAAAGGAAAUAUUAUAAUUACCUUAUUAAAUGCCUUAAAAAUGUUUAUCCUGAUACUGAUUCGUUAAAUUGAUAAACAUAAUUUCAUUUAUAACUGUUAUAACAGUUAGUUUCCACGUUAACAAAAAUAAACCGAAUAAUUCAAUUUGGACUUUACCAUUGUCCGUUACGAAUUUGUAUAGUUACGAACUGUCGCCGUUACGAAUUGUCCGUUACCAUUUGUCCGGUUACGAACUGUCGCGUUACGAGAUGUCAUGGAACCAUAUUAAUUAGGGUAAAUAACCAGAUUUACAGUGGAUUAAAAAUGACUAUUCAUUGUUCAGAAAAUUUGUGCUUUUGUCGUUUGUCUUCCGUUUGUUUAUUAAUGUAGUUAUACUAGCUAAAUCAAGGUCUAAAAAGGAGUCAUGUUGGUAACUGGCUUGUUAUUCAACUCUAGCUUGUAGGACCAUCAUGGGAGUAGAAAUCGUUUUCUCCGAAGAUAAAUUUAACAUAUUUUUAAAGAAUAUGUUUUUAUUUUUGUUUCACCUACCUUAUAAUAUGUAUAUCCAAAUUAUUGACUUAAGUCAGACCAUCUGACUGACUCGACAAAUUUAAAUAUGUUUCCAAUGUUCAAUUUAUAUCUUCUAACUUGGUCAGGUUCUGGGUCGUCUUGUUUUCCUGAGGUUUGAUUAUCUAUGGGUGUGUAGUAACUAGUUUAAAAAAAUACACUAAACAAUUUUUUCUACAAGAGAAUUAAGUAAGAUUCAUCGUUCUCGAUAAAUGCGUACAUACUUCACAACAGAUCUGGACAUGUUAGAUAUUAUGUCUUCUGUAAGUCCACUCCAACUACAUGCCAGAUGUAUAAAAGGUCUCCAUUAGCAUAUAAUAGAAAUAUGCUUUAUUAUCAUUGAAGAUUUUACAAUUUUAUGGUCAAAACUUACAAAGAGUCAGAAAAAAAAGCACCUUAAAAGUACCUUAUUGCUCUUUUUUGAAAUUUAAAAUUAACAUCGGAUUGGGCCAUACUAGAACCAUAAAAAGGAAGACCAUAUCGAAGAUGAGAUUCCAACAAAGAAAAAUAUAUAUUUUGGAAGAUGCUAAAUUGAUUACCUUCGAAGCAUAUCUUAUUGCAUAGCAAGCUGAGGCUAGUUUCUCACGUAAAAAAUCGAUAUGAAGGUACCAUUUAAGUUUGUUGUCUCAAAAAAUACCAAGAAAUUUUGCAGAAUCAACGGUACUGAUCUGGCUGUUAUUAAUAAGCAAGGGUUGAAGAGCUAAGGAUAAUGCUACAGUUUUAUAUACGUUAAAAGAGAGUACAUUAGAGUCGGACCAGGUUUUUAUUGUAAGUAGAUCUGAAGUUAUAGUUAUAGCCAUGUCAUUAAUACACAUAAUGAAAAAUAGAGGACCGAAUAAUGAACCUUGUGGUACCCCAGAUACAACGUUUUUGAGACUUGAGUCUAUAUCAUUUGCUCUAGCCAAUUGUUUCCUAUUAUCCAAAUAAGAUUGGAACCAAUUCAAAGAAAUAUCUCCAAUUCCGUAGAAAUGUAGUUUUUUUAUCAAAAUAUCAUGAUUUACACAAUCUAAAGCUUUGGCAUAGUCACAAAAAACAGUGGCAGUUGAAACGAGUAAGGCGAUGGACUACCCCAGCUCAUCGAAAUAAUAUUCGAAAAUAUUACCUCAAUCAUCCAAGAUAGCCAUUGCUACACCCUUAGCUUAGCUCAGUCUCUCAAGGUGUGUGUUCGUCUUGUCGUAAUCUUAGAAAUGAACUAUGAAAAUUUAGAAUGGAAGCAAACAAAACAGUAUUUUUAACUAAUCAUGUUUAUUUGUUCAAAAAAGAUAUAAUAAAAAUGUGACUUAUUAAUUGCAUUAACAAAUAUAUUCAAAUUCUUGCCAAAAACUAACAAUUUGUAGAUUAUACUUAUGGCUUUUGGUAUCUGAUGGUAACUUCUUGAUGUCGAAUGGUACUGCUGUAGAGUUCUUGUAGAUCCGGGCAAAUGUUCGGCCCUGGGCCCCUGCAGCUGAAGAUGCUGGGAGAUGUAGUCUGGAUGUCAUGGUCAAUCGUUGUUAUAUCGCCGUAGUUCCAUCACCGGUGUGGAUGGCUUGAGGCUGACGGCUCACGGAGAGAGAAAGGUUGAUUCUAUUCCCAAAAACUAUAAGAUAAAGACACAUAUCAAUCAUCAAGAAGAAAAACCAAAAACGAGCCUUUGCCAAAUAAUCGUAAAAAGUAGUCAUUGGCAAAGGAACAAAAUAAAAUUAAUAGUGACGGAAUAGUUAAAUAAUUUGAUUACUAAAAGCAUAUCAAUAGAUGAAAUGAAAUAUUCAAAAUUAAGAUACUAAUACACGUGGGAAGUAACUUCGAGGUUAGGUAAAAAAAAUCAUUAUAAAAAAUUAAAAGUAGACUAUAAAAAACUUACAGGGACACAAGAAUACAAAACUCACCCCAAGAGAAUAAGAUGUCUGGAAAUAGAUAGCUAUUAUCAGCUCUGUAAUUGCCUUUUGUAAGAUUACCACCACCAUUUUGAGAAUUGAAAUGACAGCGUGAACUGUAGAAAGGUAGGCAUGUUCCGUAUUAAGACUUCCGGAUAUUUAUAGAGUAAGAAUAUACGGGGUACGUUCAGUAUGUUCAAUUGAUGAUUUAAAUGAAAAGAGAUAGUAAAUAGAAGAUAAUAAAAGAGGAUAAUAAAAGAGGGCGCCAAACAAGUUUUUAACGAAACAGCAAAUUAAAACGAAUAGAAGAUACUUAUUAAUGAAAUAUUAAAGAAAAUGGAAUAAAAUAAUUAUUUAAAAAUAAAAUAUCAAAGAUGUGACGUUUGUAACGUUACACAGUUUAAAUUCAGUGCUUGGUAAAUCUCAUGUAGUACAAAAAACAUGCUCUGUUUAGAGAUAAUAUUUAGAUAUUAUUUACUAAUUUAUUUCAAAUUUAUCUUAUUGUGUUCAUGUUUUAAUGAAAUUAGCGCGAUAAUUUGAUGAAAUAAAAUUAUUUUGACAUAAUAUUUAAAAGUCAGAUCAGUAGACAUUUACAAUAGUUUUGAAUCGUCGUCAUGGAAACCAAUAUCGUCGUAGUGGUAACCCAUUAUAUUGAAAGUUUGUUGUAUGUUUUCUUGUCGCCAUAUUCUUACCUUCUUUUUCUGCUCCAGAACAUUACACUUUCAACUAAUCUCUUUUAUAUAUUUAAACUGCACCUUCUGACACAAGAACUUUAAAAUUUUUUAAUAUUAAUAAAAUAUUUAUUUUUGAGAUUUUUUUAUGUAAACAAACCCACGUGGUAAUUUUAAAUAUUCAUUAGCUAUUACAAAUGAACAGAAAAUUUUACGUGACAGAAAGUAAUGUCAUCUACUGAGAAAACUAGUAGCGGCAUCUUUUGAGAAAAGUGAGAACUAAUCAAUUUACCAUAUAAAAUUUUAAUGGUUUAAAAUUCCAAAUAAAACUCAAUGUAUCCAUGUAAACGCUAAUGAAUAUUGGAUUGACAUCUAGUUCUGAGCUAUUUUGAAAAUUUUAGACCUCUAGCUAGUCGGGAAGUAUGUUUAAAAUCGAUUACAAGAUUUUUCCCGGAGAAAGAGACAGACAAAGAACAGUCGAAGUAUAUAACAACGUGGUAAAUAUUCCUUGUAAUGUUUAUAGGAUUAUUUUUAACCAAUUUUUUUUUCACAAAACCGCGAAUCUCUUUUCGCAUUGGCCGUUUUUCUUAUUUAAUGUACAUAUUAAUAAACAGAAACGCCACAAUUGUUGCAAAUGUGAAAAGGUAUAUAAAACAAGUUGGAUAUUAUGUAAUUUAUCGAUAGAUAAUAAAAAAGUUUGUAAGUUAUGAAAAUUUUACAUGGUUGCCUUAAAACGAUAAUAGACUGAUUUUUUUAGGAGUUACGAGCCAACUUAUUUGUAACCAUGACAGUUUAAAACAUUAGAAGAACGUGAAAAUGACGGAUGUAGACUUAAAACGUUUAUUCUUUUAUCGACGGGGUUUUCCAAUACUCGGCUUGCUAAUUUUUAUGGCAGAUUCUUUACACGUCAUCGAUCAAUUUCAUGCUGGUGUGUUCGUACAGCGUUGCCUAAUCGCCCAGAUAGUAUGGGAUUCUAGGGAAUAUUAAAAGUGACAGAAUUUUAAGGAAAAUGUUGGUAAAUCUAGAUACUUAUCCAAAUGUUGAUUAAAAAUAAGUUAUGCAAUGUUAAUAUUAUCAUGUAUUUAACUUCUAGAAAUAUUGUACUAACGGAUAUUUUUACUGAAUGUCAGAAUUUGUCUGCUUACAAAACUUAUCUAAUGAAAAUUAAUCCUUUUAUUCGCUUUUCAAGAUAAUUGGGAGUUAUCAUCAUCAUCAAUUAGCCUAUAUUGGUCCCUGUUGAACGUAGGCAUCCCGGAAAAUGUUCCACCUAUCUCUAUCUUGAGCUCCUGCAUCCAAUUUGUAAUGAUGCGCUUUAUGUCAUCCGUUCAUCUAGUCGGUGGUUGUCCUCUGCUUUGAUAUGCCUCUUACGUUGGUCGCCAUUCCAGAAUCUUUCUGGUCCAUCUAGCAUCCGUCAAUCUGGCAACAUAUCCUAACCAAGCCCAUUUAUAGUCGAGGAAAUGAAGCUGGAAAAAUGGCAAAACCUCGCAAUUUUUUCGUCCAGCAUCGAUUUGUACAAAAAUUUGGGAUUAGGCUCAUUUCACCCUCUAGUUCAUUUUCUAUAUUGAGUCGUUGUACGCUUUUGGUUUUUUAAGGGUAAAAACCACCCCUAAUUGUAAAAAAUUAUAAAAUAGCAUUUCAAACUUUAAUAUUGUCAAAAUUUGCUUCUUAUUAGUUACAUAAUGAUUGUUUUAUGCUUUAAGAUAUAAUAUCAUAAUAUUUCAACCCUUAAAACCACCCUUGUUGGAGCUAUAUAUAAAAAGUUUACUUAUCCUAAAGAAUAAUUUUGGCUUGUAUCAAUUUACAUAAAAAUUUGGGGUUAGGAUCAUCUUACCCUGUACUUUAUAUUCUAUAUCAUGCUCAAGGGCGUUGAUUAUUUUUAGGGGUGUAAACUACCCCUUAUUUUCAAAAAUUAUAUAAAAGCAAUGUAAUCUUUAAUAUAGGUAAAAUUUGGUUUUGACUGGUUAAAUAAUGAUCGUUUUAUGCUUUGGGAUCUAAUAUAUUAUUUCAACCCUUAAAAACCACCCUUAAUGACAUUGCAAUUUUUAUAAGUACACAAUUUAAUAGAUCUAUACAGAAAAAAAAAGUAGAGUUAAAGAAUUACAAAAACAUUUAUUUACACAAAAAUGCGGAUUUACAAAUAUGUAAAAAUACACAUACAAAUAGUUUUUUAGUCAUUAUUUAGUAUACAAACCGGCUCUGUGGUAUUAUAUACCCUGAAAAUGGCUCUAUAAGGGGACUAUUCGAAUUUUUCGAAAAAAAAAAUUAGUUUUAUAAACAUAGCUCCUUCAAUUUUGGCGAUAACAAGUUUUUUCAGUAAUGGUUUUAUAGGAUUUUUGAAGUGUUAUAAGACUGUGUAAAUUAAAUUCCGUUAGAUCCCUUAAUUUUUAAUUGAGGUGGGUUUAAACUGCUCGAAUAAGGAGAUGUUUGCUUGUAAACAGAUGUUUUAAACAGCUACAUCUCACUAACUGUUUACUGUAAUGAAAAUCUAUGCACAAUAAAAUUUUAGUUUAUGCCAUUUUAUUAUUUUUUUUUUGAAAGAUAUUAUUGUAUGCUUGAAAAAACAUCAUCUAAGUUUCCCUGGAAAAAUGCAAAGUUUUCCCGUUAUUUGGCUUUGAUUAUUUCAAAAUAUGCAUUUGACGAAAAAAGCUAACUUUUAACAUGCCGUAUCUCGGUUUGCAUUGAUCGUAAAAAUAUUAUAGAAAAACAGUUUCGUUUGUGUUACUAAAAGAUACAAUUUUGAUAUCUACAGUUUUUUUGAAUAAAUGCAUAUUUUUCGAGUUAUUCUCAAAAAACCCUCUAAAAAAGUCGAUUUUUCCGUCGAAAAACUGUUACUUUCAACCACGAAUAACUCGAAAAAUAUUAGUUUUAUGAAGAAAAUGUAAAAAACAUUUUUUUCUUAGAAUUACUUUUUACAUCGAUUUACAUGUUUAAAAUGUAAUAAAAAAUUUCCACCCCCGAGAUGGGGUGGCAACUACCCCCAAGGUUUUAGCGUACAGCAGCAUGAUAUAGAAAAUGAUCCUUGGACUAUUCCCUACCUUAUGUAAAAAUUUCAAGUAAAUCCAUGCUGGACGAAAAAAUUGCGAGCCAAAAUGCUUCAUUUCCUCGACUAUUAGCCAUGGCUAUUCUUUUCAAUGAAUCCGUAAAUCCCGUUCUUCUUAUUUGUAUUUUUGGUAAUUUAUCUCUAACAUUGACCUUUCCAUAGCGUGUGUGUUACUCGUAUUUUUAUUUUAUGUAUUGUUCCUUUUGUCAGAGUUCGUAUUUCCGCAUCAUAAGUAAGAACCGGCAAAACACACUGGUCAAAAACCUCCCUUUUCAAACAAACUGGAAUAUUAGACUUGAAAAUGAUGUUUAAUCUGCCAAAGGCGUGAGAUCUAUCCUUUGUAGUUCAGUUGUCUGAUUAUCUCGGCCUAAGCGAAUCUCACGCCCUAGAUAUUUGUAAGCUAUUACUUGGUGGAUGAUAUUUCUUUCAACUUGAAACUUUAUCGCUGACUACAAGGUUGGUCAUAAAUUUUGUCUUUGGGGUGUUAAUGGACUGUGAUAGUCGUGACGUCAAAUCAAUGUUGGUUCCUCUGGAAAAGUUUCCAGACAAAGCAAAAAUUCACACGUGGUGUUUGUUUCGGUUUUUAUAAUUAGAAUAUAUUGCUUGUAAGAUGUUUAAUUUUUACAAAAUGGUAAUGUGUUGGGUACCCGUGAUUGCAAUCAAUGCUCAUAGUAUAUUUUAUAUUUCCCACCAUAUUUCCAUAUAGGAUUGGUUAAGAACCUAAAGAAACGCAGUAAGUACUAUGUAGUGUGUAAAUCCUUGAUUUUGUGUAAGGACAUUUAUAAAAUUAAAAGUAAUAUGAUUGAUAUGACUAACAAGGAUUGUGUCUUUAGAAAAAAAUGUGCAGAUGAUUGUUAAAACAAAAUAAAAUUAAAAAUUAUUACACAAAUCACGUGUAUAAAAAAAUUCACAGACGUCAAACUUUUGCUUUGUUUGGAAACCUUUUUGACGUUUUGACGUCACACUAUCACGGUCCAUUUUAAGACCGACUGUUUUUGACGCUUCAUGUAGCGUUUCCAUCAUUUUUGCAGCUUUAUCAACUCUAUCAGAUAGUAACACUUUCAGCCCGGGCCAAUAUCAGAUAUUUGUCUCAUGUGCCCCCUUUAUACAGUCAUUGGAAACUUGUUGACAUGUAAAUAGUUUCGAAGAAAUAGUAUCACCCUGUCUAAUUCCACAUUCUAUUCAACUUUUGGUAUCUUUAUGAAGUCGGACACAACUGUAGUAGUUCCGUAGAUACUCUUUAAGUUCAGAUCAAGGCGGUAUAUACAGUGAUGAGCGCGCUAAUAACCGGCAAAAUAGCGCAAAAAGAGAUGAAACUAGUGGAGGUGGAAAUCAUCGUUAUAAACGUAUUAAAUUAACAUUACAUUACAUAGUUUCCCACCUUUAGAUGUAUCAGAGGAGUAUGACAACUGUCACUGUGACAGUAGAAUUUUAUAAAAUACUCCUGUCACAGACGUCUAAAGGUGGGGAACUAUGUAAUGUAAUAUUAAUUUAUACGUUUAUAACGAUCAUUUCCAUCUCCACUAGUUUCAUAUCUCUUUGUUUCGCAAUGUAUUAUGUUUUCCAUCUUUUGCGCUAUUUUGCCGGUUAUUAGCGUGCUCAUCACUGUAUAUCGGUAGUCAAUGCAGCAGUCAGCCAAUGCUCAAAGCAUUCUGAGUAUCUACAGUAUCAAACGCAUUUUCAAAGUCAUUAAUUUUUCAAUUAGGCAUAGAGUAUUAUACCUAAGUGAAAAUUUGGCAACAUUGACGAGAGUGAGCUAGAUCUGACUGCAAAAGAGAAAAUCAGUAUUGACUGAAUAUAUUAAACUAAUUAGGAAAAACUUGUUGGAACUAUAACAAAUAACAAUUUGAUUAGGAGUCUAAUGAAAUAUGACUAUAACAUAUGUGUUUCUAACUGUUUUCUGUGACACAAUGCUCCGACCAAUGUUUUUAGCAUUUUGCUUAACGGCUCACGCCAAACACACAUAGUUUUCAUAAAAUACCAUUGAGGUGUGGAGACAGAGGAAUUAAAAUUUCACUUUGUUUGUCAUAGUUCGGUAUUCCUGCUUAAGGAAUUUUUGUCAACAGGCGAUCAGGAACCAGUUCUUCCGGCAUCUUUUCACAGCCCUGCAUAUCUAAUCUAAUACGGGAUGCGUAUAUUGAUAUCUUUAGUCUUUUUCCUUCUUACGAUAAAAAACAGAGUUUUGGAACACCCUGUAUCCAAUAUAAUACCAAUUGUAGUCCUAUUUUCGUUGAAAAUUUUAUGUAAUUUUGGAAUUAAACUGCAGAUAUCCAUCUUUACCGUUUAGAGUACCAUUCGAUUGGAUAUAAUAGAAGAUAUGAUGAUUAAUAAGCUCUUGCUAGUAAAAUAGCCUUUUGCAGGUUGUCAAAAUUGAAGUUUGAGUAUAGAAAGCUAUGCUAAUGCUAGUACAGGUUCUACAGUAAUAAAUUGGACCACAUAUCAUUACCUACAUGGUAAAAAAUUACCAGGUUGUCAUUACAAAUGACGUUAUUCCCGAAAUAACAAUGUAGAUUAAAAAAAUUUGCACUAACUGUAGCUUAAUUUCGAAAUUACACAAAAUACUAAGUGUAAUUCUCAUAAUCUGAAUAAUUUCGUACUUAACUUUUACUUGUAGGACCACAAUCAGGAACUGAGCCAUAGUUUUGUUAUAGAUUUACUAAGACAUUAUAGAGGAAUCGUUUCGUUUAUAUUUCUUGUAUAGUCUAUGUAUAUUACAAUGUAUUUUUAUUUUACUCAUUCACGAAAUACAAAGAUAUCUACUGCAUAUUUUGAACCAAACCUUGAGGAUCUAAAAGCCAUAAAAACAAAAAUCCCAUGUGGUAUCUUAACCAUAUUAUCAGUCUAUAUUGGUCUACAAAAAUGAUCCAGACAUAAGUACAUUGGAAUUACGCUAUUAACGCACCACCUUAAACAUUGCUUAUUUUUAAUGUCUCGAAUUUCCUAAACUUGUUGUCCGAUUUAAGUGAUUUUUUUAACGUGUUAUAGCCCGAUUCUUUAACAAUAUCGCUGUAAUAAUAUUGUUGCUUGACAGGUAAGUUGUAAUUGUGUACGGGGUGUACCAAUCAAACUGUGAUUUUUUCUCAAAGUUUGCGUCACCCUGGGGAAUAUUCUAUCAUUUAUAAAAUACUGAAAUUAAAACCUAACUAUGGUCUCAUGUUUUCUUAACAUUCUAAAACAAAGUUAAGUACUUUAACAACUAGCCAUGUUUUUCAAUACAGGGUGUUUUUAAAUAAGUAUGACAAACUUUAAGGGGUAAUUCUGUAUGAAAAAAUAAUGACAGUUUGCUAUAUAAACGUAUGUCCACAAAUGUUUCUGAGAUAGGGAGUGUUGAAAUUUUUGUUACGAACUAACGAUUUAUUUAUUGCUCUAAAAUCGGUUGAGAUGUGCAAAUGAAAUUUGGUGGGUUUUAAGAGGUAGGUAUUAUGCAUUUUUGACAUCCAAUUAAGAAUUUUUUUCGCCAUUGGCGCACAUAAGGGUCAUAUUACCCGUAUGCGCGCCAAUAGUGAAUAUUAAAUUAUUCCUAAUUGUAUAUCAAAAAAUGAGCAAUAAAUAUGUCUUAAAACCCACUAAAUUUCAUUUGCAUAUCUUAACCGGUUUUAUAGCAAUAAAUAAAUCGACAAUUUGUAAGAAAAAAUUAUAACACCCCCUAUCUCAGAAACGAAGCAUUUGCACAUACGUUUAUAUAGCAAACUGUCAUUAUUUUUUCAUGUAGAAUUACCCCUUAAAGUUUGCCAUACUUUUUUAAAAACACUCUGUAUUGACGAAAAACAAGGCUAGUUGUUAAAGUACCUAACUUUUUUAUUAUCCAACAUAAGCGAACGAAUCAAAAAAACAUACUGUUAAGGAAACAUUGUUGAGUUGGGUUUUAAUUUCAGUAUCUUAUAAAAUCUAGAAUAUUCCACAGGGCCACGUGAACUUUGAGAAAAAAUCACAUUUUGAUUGGUACGUCCGGUAUACAAUGACAGUUUACCUGUCUAGCAACAAUAUUAUUUCAGCAAUAUUGUUAAAGAAUAAGACAUGUUAAAAAAAUCACUUAAAUCUGACGAUAGAUUUAGGAAAUUCGAGACAUCAAAAAUGACUCAUUUUUAAGGUGGUGCGUUAAUUUCUUGGAGAAGUGUAUAAAAUAGUCUAAUAUAUUAUACAGGGUGAGUGGGGAGGAAUGUGCCAAACUUUAAGACUGUAUAAUAUACCUAAGAAUAAUCAAAAAUAACUCAUAUGUUGUUAUUCGAUUUUCAUUUGUUUCCGAAAUAUGUACCUACGGGAUGUUAAAAUUUUUCUUAAAAACUGACGAUUUAUUUAUUGCUCUAAAACCGUUUGAGGUUUGCAAAUUAAAUUUGGUGGGUUUUAAGACAUGGUUAUUGCGCAUGUUUUGACACACAAUUAAGAAUUUUAUAUUCACCAUUGGCGCGCGUACGGGUAAGGGUCUGAAAUUAAAAAAAAAUAAAAAUAGUACGCCAAUGAAAUAUUUCAAAUUAAAAAUAAUUUUUGAAUUCCCUGUUCAAUUUGUGAUAAAAAAUCUAUCUUCCCAUUUUUUCAUACGACGCUUCGUUUUCAUGCAAAAAAAUAAAAUAUCUUAACGCUUCCAAAGUAUUCAAAAUAAGUUUCUACACAUUCAUAUAGAAACUUCGUCGAAAACUUUGUAAGCGUUAAGAUGUUUUAUUUUUUGCAUGAAAACCAAGGAAUUUUUAUCACAAAUUAAACGAGGAAUUCAAUGAAUAUUUUUAAUUUGAAAUAUUUAAGGGGCGUACCAUUUUUAUCUUUAAAAAAUUUCAGACUUACCCGUACGCACGCCAAUGGUGAAUAUAAAAUUCUUAAUUGUGUGUCAAAACAUGCGCAAUAACUAUGUCUUAAAUCUCACCAAAUUGCAUUUGCACACCUCAACUGGUUUUAGAGCAAUAAAUAAAUCGUCAGUUUGUAAGAAAAAUUUUAACAUCCCGUAUCUCGGAAACAAAUGAAAAUCGUAUAGCAACAUAUGAGUUAUUUUUACGUAUAUUAUCCAGUCUUAAAGUUUGGCACAUUCCUCACCACUCACCCUGUAUAUGCCGUUUCUUUUUUCCUCGGUUUUGAUCCGUGAUAUGCAGCAUCUACUAACUUGCCAGCAUCUAGCACCAAUUAAUUAUUGUUUAACUUAAGAUGAAAUCCUGCAUGAAUUAUCAAGGCGCCAUUUGAUCCAGGCAGAGUUGUAGCAGAGCCAUGUUGGAACAUUGUCGCGUUUAUGAAUGUAAAAAUAUCAAAUUUAAGAAACAAAUUGACUUUUGACAUGGAACUGUUAUAAUUCUGUUGGCGGUGUUUGAAAACUGUUGAUCCAUUUGUAUUAGCAUGCUUUUUUGUUUAAAAUUUGUUUUGACCAGUUAAAGGGGUACUACAUAAUUUUUUAAUAAAUUAUUGCACAUUAAUAUGAAGUUACCUCCAAAUUCUCCAGAUCUAAGUAUAUUCGACUUUGUAGUACAAACUAAAAACAUUAGAAAAAUUAGUUUCGGCGUGGAAUCUAUUGUAAUUCUGUAAUUGGUUGAAAACUCUUCAUAUACUUGUUUGUUUAUCAUUUAUAUCAGAUAUAGAGAUCUUAAAAACUCUGAUGUAGUUAUAUGACGAAGAUAAUGAAUUUUUCCAAUUGUUGGAUUAUGUUGUUCCAUAUUUGUGUUUCUCUUGCUUGCAGUGGUUAUUAUAGUGUUCUCUAAAAGGUUCUCAUGGAAGUGCAGCUGUCGAAGUUAAAAACUGUGUAGAGUUUUGCCUACUUUUCAACAAUUUGCCUGCUGGAUAGACUUUUAGUUCUACUUCCGGUCACUUUGGUUGAAAACCUUGGACUUAAAAAGUCCAAUUAUUGCUUGUUUUAUAAGAAAGAAACUGUCGGUCUAUGAUAAUAACAAUAAAUAAAAUUAUCAACUCAGUUUAAAAGAAAUAACAAAAUAAAAAAUUAAAUUAAAAUUUGUAUGUACUUUCUUCUUCCUCUUGUAGUGCCUAUCCGUUUCGGAUGUUGGCGGCCAUCAUGGCAAUCUGUACUUUGCACACUGCUGCUCUAAAAAUAUUUGUGGUUGUUGUGUUGAACCACGUACGUAGAUUUUUCAGCCAGGAAAUCUUUCAGCAACAUAGUUUUAGCAGUCCUGAUUAGUAACGUGAUCGGUAUAAGUAGGUACUUUAGUUUAUAAAAUUAUUAGCUCUCAAAGGUUUUAAAUUUGAAUUAAACUAAAAAGAAAAAUACAUUUUUUGUAAACAAUUACAUCUUAAGGUACGUAUCCAUACAAGGGUGAUCCGCGCUCGGUGUAGCUGCUCAAAUGCGUACGUCAUGCGCUCCCCUACAUAUAAACUGCAAGCCGGUUGAAUCGAAGAGGGUGAGCGCCGAGCGGCGAUCACCAACGUAUCCAAUAUGUGGAGCUGCUACACCGAGCGCGGAUCAUCCCUGUAUGGAUGCGUAAAGUUUGUUUAGCAGUAAAUGGUUGACUUCAAUGGUCAAUACUUGUACUGGUACUUCAAUAGUAUAAAAGGCCCGGUUUCAGGUAAAAUUUAAAUAUGUUUGAAUGUUUGUUUUUCUAUAAUCUUAGCAAUUAAAAUAGAUUUAAUUUAUUUUAAAACUCAUUUGAAAACAUUAAUUUCAGGUAUAUAAGGCAAAGCAAUAUAUUUUACAUCCGUUUUUUUGUUUUUGUCGUCGUAAUUAUUGUAAAUUUUGUGGAUCCUUUGCUUUAUUAUAGGAGCACUGUCUAGUCAGUGUUAAUUAUUGUCAAAAGACCAACUCUGUCUACCUCGUCUGCUUAUCGCUCCGAACCGGUCUUAACAAUGGGCCAAGUCAGAUAAAUUUAAUAAUAUUUACGACCGCACUAAUUGAAGUCAACCAUUUACUGCUAAACAAACCUUAGCUUUACAGCUAAACGGUUGUCAAACUCUGUUGGAUGAUACUGCGCACUGGUGUUACACUUUUUUGCUACACUUUUUAAUGGAACAGAGUGGUGGACCACUACACCUUGCAAAGGAACGACUUAGUGUAGAAUUUCUACACUAUUUUAGAACUAGUUCUACACCAUGACACCAGAAAACAAAAGAACAGACCUAUUUUUAGAAUAUGUUCGUACCUCUUUAACUGGUUAAUGAAUAUCGCGCGUUGUGACGUCACGCCAUUAUAUUUUGAGGUUAUGUUGAUGCUAAACCAACCGAAUUUUACAGUGAUCAUUUUAAACACUUCAGAAACAUCUCAGAUUAUUCCAUUUUCAAGAUCUAUGGCUAAUAAGGUAAAAUCUUGAAUUCGGUGAUACAUUUAGGAUCAAGACUACAGUAAAACAUGACGGCCUGACGUUAUUGUUAUAUUUUCAACUGACUUAUCUUUAUUUGUUCCCGAACAAUAUGGAUCUUUCUAAAAAUUUGUGAACAUAGAUAGGUAAUUUAUGAUGUAUAUAUGUAUAUAGGAAAAUAUUUUAUUAAAACUAUCACUACUAUUACUAUUAGUACUGAAAACUAAUCAAAGAUGCAGAGUGAAAAAAUAGACGUUUGUAUACAGGGUUUUUAAUUAAAAUACCAAUGCUGACUGUUCACAACGUCACAAUCAUACUUAGUUUUGUUUUAUAUGUUGAUAUAGACGUUUGAUAUUGCGUUGUGUUUUUGCCCUGUUAAUGUCCUAGAUAUCCAGAAUUUCUCCGUCCAUUUCAAUUCUUCUCUUUUAACAGUUUGAAUGCAUUCAUAUAUAUUAUAAUUCUGUUUGGUAAACGUGAGAUUUAGUGACUUUUCCAUCAUCAUCACAGUAUCAGCUAUAUAUAGAAAUUAGCUCACUUGUUUAAAGUACGUUAUUUUUAUUACCUACCAUACAGUCGGAAUACCUAUGAAAGAAUACCCAUGAACGAACAUAUAAAACACGCUGUAUUUUCCUGUCACCGUGUCACAAAGAAAAUUGCCCAGCGCAAGUACAUGUAACAAUAAUUAUUACAUGUACUUGCGCUGGCCAAUUUUUUGUGUGACACGGUGACAGGAAAAUACAACGUGUUUUAUUUGUUCGUUCAUGGGUAUUCUUUCAUUUUUCCUACUGUACUUUCUGUUAACUAACUAAAUUUUAAGAACUUCAGUAGUGAGUAUUCCCUCCUCUGGCAGUGAUAACAGAUUUUGGAUCACAUUCUGCGGAAGACUGUUUCGUUCCUGCACCAGUAUGUCGCGAAGCCCUCUUGAAUUUUUGGGGGCCGCACAUAUGACUCCGUAAACGUCUCUUGAUGAUCCCAUCUCAGAUAUGUCCUAUGGGAUUUAUAUCUGGACUGCGAGGAGGCCGUGAAGAUACUCAGUAGCUAUCCGGGCAGUUUGGAGCCGUGCAUAAAUACGGCGUCUCCAAGAAUAACCAUAAACGGUAAAAUAUGGUCGGGUAGAACCUGUGUCAGAUACCUUCUUCUUCUUCAACCUAUGUUCGUCCACUGCUGUACAUAGUCCUCUUCCAUUUGCUUUCAUCGAUUUCUACUCUUGCCAAUUCUCAUCUACUGCUUGCCCGCGACUUGUUUGAUAUCAUCUGUCCACCUCUUCUGCGGUCUGCCUACUCCUCGCCUGUUCUGUUUUGGUUUCCAGUUUGUUACACUGAAAGUACACUGUAGACAACACUACACAAACAAUUUAAAAUUGACGUUAAAACUACAUAAACAAAAACUAUGCUGAUAAUUGUUUUUAGAAAUUAGGGUAAGGGACUCUUUUCAUCUCAAAAACUUAUCGAAACAGAAAUAACAUUUAAAGUAAGUGAGAUGAAAAUCUCACUAGAAUUGAGGUUAUCAGUCACAAAUAAUUUAGGAUAUCAGUGACUGUAACCUCAAUUCCAAUAGAUUUUCAUCUCACUUAGUUUGUAUAUUUACCCUACCCUGUAGAUAUAUCUUGAACCCUUAAAUAUUCAUUUUAGUGCUCAAACGUAUAUUUCUUCGCUCCGUAUCCAAAACUUGUUUCUUGUUACAGUCCAGUACCCUGAGUUUAUAGUAACUGUUGAUUUCUACUAUCCACGUGCAAUAUUUGUAAUUUAGGACAGCUAUUUAUAUUUCUUUUCAUCUCUGUAUAAAAAAUCUGGUUUUUCGACGUGUGUAAGUUUUUGAGCAGUUUUGAAAUAAAUUUAGCUGUACAAUUACAUUUCGGUUAAAUAUGAUUUAUAAAAAUCUUUAUUGAUUUGUUUCCACACAUUUUUGAAUAAAGAUUAGUGAAUUAUU